UACAGCUCGUGGGGGGGGGCUGGGACCCAGGUGCCCUGGCUUCUACUGGCUCUGACAGGGGCCUGCGGGGGCAAGAACAACUAUCUUCAGGACUGGAGAAGGGCAGAUAUAGCCCCAUCUUCAAAAAGGGGAACAAAGAGGACCUGGGAGUUAUAGACCAGUCACCCUAAUGUUGAUUCCUGGAGAGAGACUGGGACAAAUGAUGACACAGUCAACUUGGGACCCGGCGCCGGCCCCGCCGCCAUGGAGUUCCCGGACCUGGGCGCGCACUGCUCCGAGCCGACCUGCAAGCGCCUGGACUUUCUCCCUCUGAAGUGUGACGCGUGCGAACAGAUAUUCUGCACCGACCACAUCACCUACACCCAGCACCAGUGCACCUCUGCCUACAAGAAGGACGUGCAGGUCCCCGUGUGCCCUCUCUGCAACAUCCCCAUCCCUGUCAAAAAGGGGGAGAUGCCUGAUGCGGUGGUGGGGGAGCACAUCGACCGAGACUGCAAAUCCGACCCCGCCCAGCGCAAGCGCAAGAUUUUCACCAAUAAGUGUCUGAAGCCUGGCUGCAAGCAGAGGGAGAUGAUGAAGGUGAUCUGUGACCAGUGCCACGGGAACUUCUGCCUCAAGCACCGGCACCCCCUGGAUCACGACUGCAAUGGGGUGGGGCGCCCCCUCUCCAGAGCCGGACACGCUGCGGUUGCGAGAGCCCAAGCGUCCUCCUCUAUGGCAGCCGGGACAUCGAGCAGAGGAGCUUCCAGACCGGCGACCCGGCCGGCAGCCGGCCCCCCUGCUCCAGCCCCAAGCAGAGGCGGCGUGAUGGUGAGACUGCCGCCCAGCAGCACCUCGCCCCCGGCCGUUGCGCUGCAGAAUGGACUGAGUGAAGACGAGGCACUGCAGCGAGCCCUGGAGAUGUCCCUGGCAGAAUCGGCGCCCGGCUCGGCACGGGCGCUCAGCAGCGCGCAGGAGGAGGAGGACCUGGCCCUGGCGCGGGCGCUAGCCGCGAGCGAGGAGGAGUACCAGCGGCGGCAGCAGGAGCAGGCCCAGAGCCGGAGUUCGAGGCCAUCAGACUGCAGCAUGUUCUAGGCUGGGAGCACCACUAUGCCUAGGGCCUGCCCGCAGCACUGGGUACCAUUGCCCAGCUCUGCCAGGCCCUGCCCGAGCGCCACCUGCAGAGGGCCGCCAGGGGCUUCUCCUGCCUCUUCCACAGCUAGAAACAAUCAACCAAACGCUGGCCAUGCCUGCUCCCUGGAGAAUAGACCGUAGCUGAACAGCAAGCUACCGCCGUCACUGCACGGGGCUGCCUCAGGCCACACCCGGUUCCCACACACCAGAGCCGGCCGCGGGUGUGAGGGGCGCCCUGCAGCUGCCAGCAGGCCGGCCUUAGCUGGCGAGGAGGAGUAGCAGCUGCCAUGGGCGUUGUGCCUCAGUCCCUCACACACCUGCCACAGUGUCAAGAGUGGGCUGAAGUGGGGGGACCUCUGGCCUGGAGGUGGAGCGUUACCCCUGGGGUGUCUCGACCCCAAUACCUGCACUCUGACCCAGGCUGGGUCAUGUCCAGUCCCCUGCCCCACACAUUACAAAGGGGCCAGAGCAGCCCCCAGCUCAGCGCUGCCCUGCACCGCGUGGGAGGGGCUGCUGGAUGUUUUAAGGGAAUGGCUGCUCUGCACUCUUCUCACUUCCCGCCGGAGGCUGCCUGGGCCAGAACUGACCCCCACCUCUUCCCCCUCCCCAGAUGCCCAGGAGGAGGGAUGGUCAUAGCUGGGUAACACUAAUUUCCCCCUCAGUGGGGACUCAGCCCUGUCCCUGUCGGCCCCACAGGGGCCCUGCAGCUGCACUCACUGUGCUGGCCACUCUAUGUAGCAGAGUCCCCUGCCCUGCAAGACCUGGCACCUUCCCUGCGUUGACAUCCCCCGUGCAUGACUCCCUGUGUCCUACAGGCAGGGCCCAGCUGUGGGGCCAGGCCAGCCUUUCUCAGCCCCUCUCCUUAACUCCUCGGGUGCUGGAUGUGGGGGAGGAAGCUGGGAAAAGCAGCUGCUCUGUUUCCCAUGGGAACAGAGCCUCUCCGGGCCAUGAUCACGGACUGCCCCGAUGCCACUGCUAAGAGCCCACCCCCCAACCCAGCCCUUGCCCUGGGACAUCACCUGACCUCGAAGUGGAGCAUCUCCCCUGGUGAUAGGGACCAGGCCUCUGGAGUCUUCCCCAGAGCAGCCCCUUCUAGUCCUUCUGACUGCAGGGCUCGGGGCCGGCCUGGCAUGAGGCCAGGGCCCUGCCAGCAGGCUGCUGAGUGGCGGGGGCUCUCCUCAGCUCGGGCCUUUUGCCGGGCGAUGCUGCCUGAGGUGGUCAGUGCAGACGCUUGGACACGCCGGAAGCUGCUCCCCUCCAGCUCUGCGGGCACAGGGCUCGGCGCCGCCAGACCUUGCUGCAGUGAUGGCCGCGUGUGCCGUACUGGGUGACAGCUGCGGCCGGGCGCCUCGUCCUGCGCCCUGAGCUUGUGGCCGGGCCGGCUGCGGCACUCAGGAGCAGGGGUGGUGAAAGGUUGCUCUCCGCAGGGCUGGAGCUGUCUGGCGGCCAAGUGCUGCGUGGAGGGAAAUAAAGUCCUACCCAAAA